AUGUCCAGAAUAAAUGCUGAUCUUGCACUUCAACUCAACGAAAUCUCGUUUGAGUGGGGAGAUAGCUAUGAUGCGAAGGACUGGGGUCGUCUCAGGGCUAUCAUUGCGCCGACUCUUGUGAUCGAUUAUACCGAAGUCACGGGAAACAAAUGGGACGCAUUGCCCGCUGAGGAAUUUGUUGGAAUGGUUUCAAGCGAGGGCUUCGUUGGGGAUCCCCUUGUCGACACGCAGCACUUUCUUGGUGGCUCCAAAUUCGAGAAAAUCUCGGAUGAUGAAGUCUUUGGAUAUCAUCAGCUUCGAGCGGCUCAUCAAAGAUACACUGACGCGGGGAAAAAGACGGUUGAGGCCAAAGGCCAUGGUCAUGCAUUGAUCAGGCACUAUUAUAAGAAAAUCGAUGGAGACUGGAAGCUGGCAGGGCUGCGCCCAACAGUCCGGUGGAACGAAUUUGCCUUCCAUAAGAUCUUCAAAGGCCACUAA